AUGGUAUCAUCCGGGGGCGCUGGCGGCAACAGCAAAAUAGCCCGCUUUUCAAAGAGCUUAAUUUUAGAAAAGGGGACACACUUGGUAAAUAUAAAAGACGAUGGGACCUUGAAGGAGUACAAGUGGUGGAACGGGUUUAUUAACCCAAAGGAAACCUUUAAUGCAAAGAGAACAAAGGGAUUCCUGAUCGUGAAGUUAUUCCUAUACGGAUAUUUAAACAGAAUAAGUACUUACAGGUCGAAUAAACACAACGACCUAAUGUACCCCUAUUUAAAAAUCCUCCUAAAUGAUAAAGAAAUAUACAGGACCAAAGUUUUAAACAGUUCCUUAAGCAUAUGGGAAGAAAAAAUAGACAUUCAAAUUCAUUACAUAAAAAGUAAAAUUGAAAUUCAGUUGUACGACAUGGAUGAAACGGAGGGGAUCGUGCAGGAUGAAUAUAUUGGCAGUGCCUUCAUUGAUGUUUUUUACCUACAGCUGGACAAGAAGUAUGAUAUAAUUCUUAAGUACAAUAACAAAGUGGGAUAUUUAAUGGAUCCUAAUUAUUAUAAGAGGAAGCUAAAUGAUGAGGCAAGCAAGGACAAUACAAAGGGGGGCCACACAGAGGAAGCCACUCACAACAAUGGUUGUACCAACUGCACUAAUGAUAUCUACCCACGGGGAAGAGAAAAGUUCCAGAACGACUACAACGUUCGCAUCUUUGCUAAAUUAGUGAAUAAAAAAAACUUCAACAACUUCCUUCUGCAGUUAAUCUACAUUUCGUCCCUUAACUAUUGUUAUGUCCACAAGAGCAACGAAAUAUUGGACAAAGAGCUAAACAUAAAUCAGUUGUAUGAUGAGUUAAUAGCUAUAAAAGGAAAUGUAGAAACGAUCUGGUUGCCUUUCUUUUCAAUUAUAUAUAACUUUGCCUCAUGGAAAACUCCAUUAUAUUCGAUCUCUUUUCUAAUUUUUUUUUUUUUUUCUUUUGUGUAUUCCAAAUUUUUUUUAUCUUUUUUUUUAGUAGCCCUAAGUAUAAUUUUUUUCAUUUUGGUUUCCAUCAUAAGGGAAAGUGACAAUAUUAAACGAAGUGGCCAAGUGGGCACUUGGGUCAAUUGUGGCUGGGCGUCGAAUGCUCACUCGUGGUCAGGACAGGAAGGGAAGAAGAAGAAGAAAAAGAAGAAGAGUAAACCCCUUAGCUACUGGAUGCAGGCCAAGAACCUUGGUGGUUAUUGCCCGCCAAAGGGAGAGGACCCAGGUUUAUAUGAUAACACUUUAGAGGAGGAUAGCGAUUCGGGGAGCUGCUCCGACAGCAGAGGUAGUUAUAGUAGUUGCUCUUCAACUGAUUUGAGUACUGAUCAUUCGAGUGGACUUUCUGACUCCUGCGGGAGAGACGCGGAGUCUAGUGCUCUUCCGAGCGCCCAGGACGAGUGCAGCAGUGGGGGAGGUGCCUCAAAGAGCUCUAACAUGGAGAAUAAUGCGAAAGGAGGAACAAGUGAACAACAGGGUCAGAACGGGGGCGACAGUCAAAGGAAGGACAAACAUCAAGAUAAUAAAGACCACCCCCAAGGCAAAAAGAAAAAUAAAAAGGACAAGGCAUGCAUGGACAACGAUACAAGUAACAUGUGCGGAGACUCGUCCAAGGGGGGGAAAGGGAAAAGACAAAAGAGUAGCAGCAGCUGCACGGGGGAAGUCAACACGGAUAACGAUGACAUGAGUAGCGACCCCAAUCUAACAGACAACCAAAGCAGUACUAACGACAGCACAGAUAAUAACCUAGAUGUUAUUAAAACAUUCGUUGCAAACAUAAUAGAAGAUGAAAUUAUUAACAAUGUAAAAUAUGUACACUACAUGCUUUUCUGUUUCACCAAGUGGUCACAGAUUUUAUUUUUUGUCUUGCGAAAGUUUGGCUACUUCCUCGUUAUUAUUACAUUAUUUUGUUGCUUUUUAAAUAUUUAUUUCUACCCCCUUGUGGGAAGGUUCCUUCGUUUUUCUGUCUUCUCCAGUGGGUUUAUUUUUUUGACCUACAAUUUGAAGCCCACCAAUAUCUUCUACAGAUGUGUCCUCUGCAUUCACGAGUACUACUUUUGGGGACCCAGUCGAAGGAACAUGGACAUUUUCUCCGCGCCGCCACGCGGGUGA